UAUACGUCAAAUUGAAAAAAACAUUGAUCGAUGGAGUGGUGUUGGUUCUUUUGGGUUUAUUUUGCGAAUUUUACUUAAAAUGAAAACUAAUUCGGCUAUUUAAAGAAAAGCGACAAAAUGGCAGAGAGCAACGUCGUUAUUAAAAAGGAAAUCGAGGACGACGAGCCGUCCCCUUCGUACUGUGACACAGAAUUAAAUAGUGUCCCAAAUUCCGCGAACUAUUAUGAAAGAUCUACCGAAUUUGUUAAAAUUGAGAGAAGCUAUAGCCCUUUAAGGCAAAUCAAAGACGAGCCCCUAGACUUGACCCCUGAGCGACCCCCGGCGUGCCGCCCGGACAGCCCGCAGGAACCGGACAGCACCACGGACACCAUCAAGACGGAGGAACGGACACAGUGCACUCAGAUAGAGUUGGAGCUGAUACCUGAGGAUUGUCAUAGUCAAGAACAGCCCGAGAAAUCGCAGAUUAAACAUUUAUCGUCAGAAAAACAGCGAAGAAAUGAGUUGAAGCAAAAGUACGUCACUGACAACGGAAAAUUCACCUGUCUGAUUUGCCGAAAGAUCUACAUGACCAAAGCUAGCAUCAUUCGUCAUCUGCUCUCCCACACAGACGAAGAUUUCAAAAACCCACCCCACCCCCAAGACUUGAUCUACAAGUGUGAAUUAUGCGGCAAAACGUUUAAAAGUUCAGCUAAUUUAAUGCAGCACAACUACAUACAUUUAGACAAAAAACUAUUCAAGUGUGACCAGUGUGAUCGCUCCUUCACUUUAAAAUCGAACCUUAUAAGGCACCAAGGGAAAAGCCAGUGCAAGUUGCCUGAUACACCGCUGGUCUGUCAUCUGUGCAACAAGAAGUUCCCCAAAGGAUCGUUACUGACGAGUCAUUUGAAAAAGCAUUCAACGGAAAGGCCCUUCGGUUGUGACAUGUGUGGAAUGAAUUUCAAGUACAAAAGCACUUUGAUCCGGCAUGUCCAACAUCACAACGGAUUUAAGCCGUUCUCUUGCAAUAUAUGCAACAAAACGUUCACUCACUUCGGUCUGAUUAAACCUCAUAUGAGAAUGCACACUGGUGAGAAACCAUAUGCUUGUCCGGUGUGCUCCAAAAAGUUUUCUCACAAACACAAUAUGUUGAGGCAUUCGGUGAGGCACGAUAAAAUUGUAAAUCUAAACUGCCCGGUGUGCAAUAAGGCAUUUCCUAAAGAAAGCCGUCUGAAAUACCAUAUGAGAACCCACAUGGACAUCAAGUGUUUCGCAUGUGCUAUUUGUCCAAAGAAAUUCUCUCACAGACAGAACGUAAUCAGACAUUAUUCAAGAAAACAUCCAGAUAAAAUCUAUGAGAGUGCAGAGACCGAUGCAAGUGUGGCCCUCAAGUUGUGGAACGAAGUGAAAAACAACAAAAUACCUCUACCUACCUUAGAUACGAACAAACGUAAAGUUAGAAUUUAUAAAAAUAAAGCCGAUCAAACUGACAAUAAUCAUGAUGUCAACGCAAAUGAAGCAGAAGAAAUAUUGCCAGACGUAAAAAAGCCUGAGAUUGCGUUCGAGGCGGUUAAUAUUAAGGAGGAAUGCGAGACGGAUAGUGAUUGAACAAAUAAUAACAAUAGUCUACGUAUGUACAAAUAGUACUACUUUAUUAUAUUUCCCCUAUUACUUUAAAAACUGUAUUAUGGCGAUUAUGGUUUGAUCUUCAUGAAAAUUGAAAAAGUUAUUUUUCAAAAACCUUAGUGAUAUUAAUUUAUUUUAUUCAAUGCAGAUAUUAGUGAUUUUUUUUCUACCCUAUGUAAGUAAAAGUAUUAUAAACUAUAUUAUAAAACGGGUGUAAUGUUAACUAGUAGUGUUGCCGAACUGUCGAUAAAUACCGA